AUGAUCUUACUAUUACUAGAUAUAGUAUUCAUGAUGAUGAAUAGUAAUAGAUUAAAAGAGAUUGUCAAGAAUCUUAAGCAUUCUGUGAUUGAAAUCGAAGAGAAAAUAGAAAAGUCAAACCAAGAUUCAAGAGCCAACCAUGUACAUCUACAAAAUAGAAAUACCAUCAAUGAUAUCAAUGUAAUUACAAAUAUACAACACAUCAAUUUAAUUAGAAUUCAAAAGAAUAAUGAACUAUCUAAAAAGAUUGAACAAUAUCAAGAAUUGAUUGAUGAACUACAAAAGAAACUGGAAAUACAAGAUUACUAUCUUGAUGAAUACAAGAGUAACUUUACAAGAGUUAAUGAGCAAGUCAGACAAAUAGAUGAGAAAUUCAAUAGUUUUAAAGAUGUUUUUAACAAGAUAACAAAACAACAAAAGGAACAAGAAGAUGAGAGAACAAAUCAUAUUAAAACUAUACAUUCAUUGAAUCAGUUGGUAAGAGAUCUACAAAGUGAGAAACAGUCGUUACUCCAAGAUAAGGAAUCAAGUGAUCUAAGAUUACAAUCACAUACCAAGAUUAUAAAUGAGAAGAUUGAAGAUUGUAAAAGAAACCAAGCAACUAUUGAAAGCUAUAGAGAUGAGCUUACAAGAUUGGAGAAUGAAAAGAAAGAAAUCUAUAAAUUGAUGGAUGAGAAUAUACGUUCAAAUUUACAUGCUUGA